AGGAAAGGGUUGAUGCCGCUUCUCCUGGCAUGGCUCUCUUGGAGGAGACAGGCUGGGCCCACACGGAAGCUGUGGCUCUGUCCCUUGGCAGGCGAGGCUGUCCUGUUAAAAUAUUUGCUAAGGAAGAGCAAAAGCUCCACCCGCUGAAGAAGAGCAGCCAAGGCAAUAGCUGGGCAGGAGCGAGGCUGGCAUGGGUGUAAAACUUUGUAGGGACCAGAGGGGCUGAGAAGGGGAGCCCCAGCAACCCUCUCUGUGCAUCUCUCGUGCAUCGGCAUCCUUUUGCGAGGAAAGGUUGACGGGUUAAGGGGUUCAAGGACAAGCUGUGAGUCAGGACAGGUGUGGAGAGUUGCCUUCAUGGCUUGGUGUGGUGGGAGCCAGAGCCUCCCUUUGCCAGCCACAGGCUCCAGAGUUCCCGGCAGCAGUUGGCUUUGGACCCUUGGAAUCCCUGUGGUUCUCCUUCUCCUUCCACCACCACCCUCCUCUGCCUGUCCAGAUGUUUGCAGCUGUUCCACUGGAGAAGUCAACUGCAUGGAGCACAGGCUGCGGUUUGUGCCUGAGAAUCUGCCAGCCAAUGCCACCACCAUCCUGCUGGACUACAACCGCAUUGCUGCCCUCCGGAAGCGCACCUUUGUAGCACAGUAUGCCUUGCACCACUUGAGCCUUCGCAGCAACAUCCUUGGGAGUAUCCACUGCCAGGCCCUGGCUGGCCUCAGCGAGCUGCGGGAGCUGGACCUGAGUGGGAACUACCUGAGUAUCCUGCAGCUGGAGACCUUUCUCCCUGUGCCAGGUCUGACAACACUAAAUCUGGGGAACAACAAGCUCCUAAGGCUAGAACCAGAGCUUCUAGGGGCCUUGCCCCAUCUCCAGACUCUGUACGUACAUGGCAACGCGCUGGUCUUGCUCUCGGCUGACUUCUUCAACAACCUGCCCUCCUUGCAGCACCUCAGACUUGAUGACAACCCCUGGGGGUGUUCCUGCACAAUCCAGCCGCUCUUUCAGUGGCUCACUGACAACAUGGACAAAGUCUCAGACGUGAACUCAGUCUCUUGCAAACGGCCAGCAUACCUCACCCAAUAUCCCAUUGCUGCCAUUGGGAAUGACUCUUUUGCUCACUGUUGGGAGCCCUGGCUGCGUGGACAGGAUUAUACCUUUUUCCUGCUUAUUGGCCCAUCUACCUUCCUAGCCAGCAUCUGUAUGUGCAUCCUUGUUGGCUCGCUAGUGGUGGCCCACACAAAGAUUGCAAAGGUGUCAUCUAUUCGUCCAGGUGCCUUGGCAAGGCGUGCAGAGCACCGUCCUCCUCACUAGACAAUCUGUGCUUCCCAACUGCUGCUGCUUUAACUCUUUAUUUGGCCCUUGCAAAGUGACCUUCUCUUCCGUCUUUAUUAUGUUUGCCCUGCAGUGCCCCUGUGAUGCAACGUGGGCCGCUGUCAUUCCUGGUUUAUGUGACCAAGAUAUAACCCUGUGUUAGAAUAAAGCAUGGAGCAGAUUCAAAGUGAAGGGACAGCAAAUAGCAGAGGGGUUCUGAACCUUUCCUCCCCCGACUCCCCUUGGCUCUGAAAUUGCCUUCAUGCACGCACACAUCCUUGGCAAGAGCAAUGUGCCUUGGUGAAGCAGUACUGGCACUUGUAACGGUUUGUAGACUACAGGCAGAGGUCCAGCACUGCUUCAGCACCAUCGCAGCCCCUGCCCAGGCUAGCUAAGCCAGAGGACACCCGGGGCCAAUAAGCCUUUUCCAGCUAGCAUGAUGCAGCUGCUGGUGCUGGCCUAACUCCUAAGCCCAAGGACUGCUGCUCCCCUUCCCCAGUACAACUGUGUGGCACAACUAGUGUUUCAAGAUUCUUCUGAUUAGCUCCUGAGGAAGCAUGACUUGGCCAAGAAUGGCAAGCCUGCAGCAAAAGGUAGGAUCUGAACACAGAUCUUGAAGAUGCAAGCCCAGCAAUCAAUCUUGUGGGACAAGCAUUCUGUGAUCUUGAGACCCUGUCUGGGUGAGAAGGAAAAAGUGAGGGCUGAGCCAGCAUGCCCCUCCACUAGCCUGCCUUGGAUGUAGGAACAGCUUCAAGGUCUAAACUGGCACAGAGCCAUGAAUAUGACAUGGAAGUAGCCCACCUCUAAGUCGUUACCAAAGAGGUAUCCAGUGGAUGUAUGUUGUCAGUUCAUCUCCUUAGAAGGGAUUUGGUUCAAUUCCACCUCACCUUGUCUUAAAGAGAGAGGGCUGGAUGUCUCCCAUCAUGACUGCAAAACUGUUGCCUUUUUCCUUCCUGGAGGAGAAGCGGUUGCUGAUCCCAUCAGGCUGUAGUAGCCUGCUUUGGGCAACCAGAGACCCCCAUUUGCUUUGUACUCCAUAGUUGCCAAAUGGCCAGGAUUCUAUCGGUUGGGAUGUUCAUCCUAUUGGCUGCUUGACAGAAAAGAGAUGUCUAAAACUAGUGAUGGGAAACGCCUCUAGCUGCCCAAGGCCAGCGAGUGUUGCUGCCGGCCAGACUAAAGAAUACUGGGCCACAUGAAAAAAUAGGGUACAGUUAUGUGGCAAGUUCCUGUUUUUCUUAAAGCCGGGAAAAAUGACACAUUCUUGUUAUUUCCCAACUGUUAAUUAUCUAAGUGUGGGGAUGGUUCUGAGAGAUAAUAAAAUGCAGUCCCCUUUCCUCUGCACAUGUCCAGAGGUGCUGUCAGUAGGCCAGGCUCUGAGUCCCUGUAGCAGUAGGCCUGCAAGUAGCAGUUCAAGCCAGGAGAGAAAUGCCACGGCCCAGGAGGAGGCCAGCGAUCUGGGAUCAUCAGUCCUACUCCACUUCCUGCUGUAUAACUCCAGCUCCCUUAGCACUUCCUCCAACUGGGCAACGGUACGAGGAGAAGGUUGGGGUGACAUGCCGCCACACUUCCUACUGGGCAAGCAUAACUGAAUCUGGCCCCACCGCCCCACUUUGGAGGGCACAGUUGUGGAGAAAAGCAACCUAGUUACCUGUCCAUGCCUCCAGUCUCUUCCCCGGCAAUCUACAUCCCCAGCCUGUCCCAAUCCACCCUUCUGGCUCCGGCUUGGCCCUUUGACCACAAGCUUCCAGUCUUGGCUACAAACUCCAUCACAGGUUCCUAUGAUUCUAGCUACCUGCAGCCAUUCCAGCUGUUGGAACCUGACCUUGCCACCACUCAGUACAAAUCACGCAGCAGGCAGUGUUUUUAGGGUUAUUGUUUUUAAAAUAGUAACCAGUUCUUUUAAUAAAAGC